AUGACGGCUCCUAAACACCCAGCUCGUAAAGUACAAUCCACCUUCACUGCCAAGAUACCUACAAAAUGCAAACAGUGCCAUAUGUCAUACUUUUCACAUAUCAAGAACGAUGUGAAUACCCAUAAAAAGUAUCACACAAAUUUCCUAGAAGGACCCUCGUGGCUGGCAUCGUCUGCCUGUAAGACUCUCAAGUCUAUUCAACUUCGAAAAGGGAGAAAAAAUACUUCGGUAACUUUAAUUUCAGUGGACAAAUCGGACUCCAAUGACCACCUAAAACUGGUAAUGAAAGUGGUUAAUAAUGAGCUCAAUGCUGUAGCGGAGUUUGAACACUGGAAGUAUACAAACACCGGUAUUGAAGGGAAAGCGUAUUUGGCAAUUGCUGCUCGUAGAGUGGUCGGAGUAUGUACAAUUGAACCAAUAGUCAAUCCUGAAUUGCAGUGUCGAUGGAUGGUUUUCAACACUCAAGAACUUGUUCCAGAGCAAACGAACAGCUCCAUAAAAAUUGGUAUCUCACGGAUCUGGGUGGCUCCCAACUGGCGACGGCUAGGCAUUGCCCAAACGCUUUUGGAUGCGGUUCGAGAGUACACUAUCUACGGCGUUGUUCUUAACAAGCAUGAACUAGGCUUUAGUCAACCCAGUUCGUCUGGAGGACUACUAUCCAAAUACUACAAUGGUAAAAUGCAUAAAAGCGGCGAGUUUCUCAUUCCCGUGUAUCUAGAAUUGCCUCAAUAA